AAUUAUUUAGAUAACCUGAUGAGAUUCGACCUAGAUCUGACGGUGGAAGGCUAAAAUCACUUGUAAAUUUGCAAUGAUCAUUCCCCAUGGAAAACGCCAUAUUCCUCCAACGUUCUCGCACUUUCCCCUGAAAACUCACCUCCUCUAACAAAAUUUCGACCGAAAUAACAGAAAUUCGAUAAUACGACUCUGGAUCUCGGCCUAUACUUAGUGGAAACAGUUUUCGCUGAAAUUUCUUAAUUUCGGCAUUCACGUUUCAGAGGGUGUGCGAACGUUGCCCAAUUGGGGAGAGGGAAGAUGACGGCCUUGAAUUUUCUCUCUCUAACUGCGAAAUUUGCUCUCUACUCUCCGCAAUGUUUCAGUCACAGAGAGAGAGACUCUGGAGUUUAUCCGAAAUUUUGGCCGACUAAUUAUGCGAAAUUUCGUGGCGGACCAGGCAUGGUGGCUGUUCAUGUUUCAAAUUCUUUAUCAUCGGAAAUCAAACCACCAAAACCCACAAUUAAGCUUGAAUUCAUGGGGCCAAAACCAAACCCAGAUGGUACCUGUCCAGUGCAGACAGCUUCAGCACUCAGUGGAGAGAAAUUGCUCAGAAACAUAAUGCUUGAUAAUAAAAUUGAGCUAUAUGCCGCAUAUGGUAAAGUCAUGAAUUGUGGGGGUGGUGGAAGUUGUGGCACUUGUAUUGUGGAGGUCAUCCAUGGUAAGGAGCUCUUAAAUGAAAGAACAGCAACAGAGCAGCGGUACCUGAAGAAGAAACCUGAUUCUUGGAGGCUUGCCUGUCAAACUAUAGUUGGAAACAAGGAAAAUUCUGGAAAGGUUGUGAUUCAAAGGCUGCCCCAAUGGAAGAAGUGAUCACAAGGAGAAGAAAGCUAAUUCUAUGCAUGGGAAGUUCAAUUGGAUGUACAUCAUAAUAUUUUUGUAUUAUCGUUUUGGAAGGCGUAUCAUUGGAUAGACCAUUAUAGAACAUUGUAUUCCAUCUCUAUUCUCAUUGUUUUUGUUGUUCUUUACAUUAGAUUGUCUUCUGUUGGCCGUUUUCUGUAUUUCCGGAACAAUUUGUUCAUUUUGUGGGAUUAAAGAUACAAAAUGUCAUUCAUCUCUCUAAAUAAACACUUUUUAA